UUGAUCGGUUGUGUCUUGAGGAAACUGUUGGCUCGACAUUAGUGUUGCAGAAAAACAGGGUUGCGAAACCAGGUGGAAUUUUAAUUAAAAUAAUUUCUGAAGAUAAUAUUCAUGCGUGUAUUUAUUUGCACGAGCUGGAGACCUUUUUUGUCGAUGUCGUUAAUCCUGUCAAAUGGCAUGAAUCACUCACAGACCGAGAUGAUCAUUUGGUGAAAACAACUAAAGUUCAGAUGCAAAAUCUAGAAGACAGAGUUUGGAAACUGUUCACUGAAAACACCAACAAACUCAAACAACAAACUACGUGGUGCAUCAUCUGGACUCGAGAAAACGAAAAUGUCUGCUGUUACUGAGUCACUCUACUUGGCUUUCCUGUUUGUUGUGUUUGUUUGUGCAGACCAGAAAACCAUCACAGCUGAAUCUGGUCAGGACGUCACUCUGACAUGUCGAGCUCCAAAAAACAAGAUCAGAGCUGUAAAGUGGAGCAGAGCUGACCUGGGAGAUGAAUAUGUGUUUUGGUGUAAGGGUGGGUGGUUUAUUUUAGAUUACCAGCAUCCAUCUUUUAAGAACCGGGUGGAUCUGCAGGACAGACAGAUGAAGGCUGGAGACGUGUCUUUGAUUCUGAAGAAUGUGAGGGCUGCUGAUGAUGGAAUAUACAUGUGUCAUGUCAACGUGAGAGGAACACGCUCAACUGAGCUCAUCAGCAUCAUCACACUGAGAGUUGUUGAUCCUCCAGGUCAGACAGGAGGAUCUACUGUACUUAUGUUUGUUGGUGUGGUUCUUCUCUCUAGUGUUACUGGUGGUGUUUUUGGUGGUGCUUGUGGUUUGGUGACCGAAAUACUGAUAAAUAAACUUUCAAGAAGAUCCAGGAGAUGGCUGUAGAACUCACACAGCCAGAGUUUCAUUUUCUUUAUCAUUUCUGUGAUUAUCAUCAUGUUCAGACUAAGACCAACAGUGUGUCUAUCCUGUCUAUCUGCGUCUUUAAAUUACAGUUUAUUUAUCUCCAGGCUAUCCAUGAGUUUCACUGACACAAACUAAAACUGUUAAAUAUAAAGUAAUGUUCUAUAAUGUCAGAAUUAAUUGGAGUUUUAUUUUAGCUUCAGGAUCAGCAGCUGUUGAAGUAUAAUUACAGACACAGAUUCAACAACACAAACACUGUUUGUCAUAAUCUGAGUGUAGAUGAAGUUCUGUGGAAUUUAAAUGAACAGUUAUCUGGAUCCUCAUAUUCAGGAUCCAUUGAUCAGCUACAACUGAAUGGGGUUUGCAUAAUGUUUUAUUAAUUUCAGUUCAUCAAAUCUGCCUUCUAAAAAACUUUUAUGACAUUAUAUGAAGAUAAAUGUUGUUGCAGGCUCAUUGUUCUUUUGACUUUUUGAAAGAAAGCUGAAGAAUCUAAAGCUCUUAACCAUGUGCACUUUCUCUUGUCUUAAGCUUUUUUGUUAAUAAAG